GCGACUCGCACCGCACGAAAUUCUUAUUGAAUUUUAGAGAUAAUAAUUAAAUACUACAUUUUAAUCAAAUAAGUCGCAUUAAACACCAUUGCCAUUUGGCAAUGCACUAAUCAUUCUAUUAGUUUCCAAAAUUUUGAUGUUGUUCUUUAAGUUUUCGUAUUAAAUAAUACAAUAUAAACAUUGUAUCCCAUCGAUGGACUUUAGAAUCGAUAACCCAAUUUCGCCGUAGUUUUUAUUAAAAGUGGCUUUUAGUAAAGGCAUAUAGAUGUUGGAAAACUUGUGUUGAUAGUGUUGAGGUGCCGUGCUGGUGGUGAUCAUGUUGUUCACACCGAUUUAUAUAGCAAUGACCUUUAUAAAAACUUGGCGCAUCAGAUCGUUCCGAGCGCGGCUCCUGGAGUUCCUGAGCGGGAAUACAAGUGUUGCGUUUUGCAAAGUGCCAGAAAAUGCUGCAGAAACCCCUACUUUAAGUUCCAAGCUAUGCACAAAUCCAAAGAAUGCAUACCUAUGUGACUUGCUAGAUUACACAAAUGCAACCAGGAUAUGCAGUAUGAAGCCAGCUCAGUGUAUUGAGAUUAGUGACUGGGUGACAUGUGCGGGAGGCCUGCCGCUGGGCUCUGAUGAGCAGUCUCCCCUCACUGAAUUUGAUGUUGAAGUGUUAUUGGAGUGUGAAAUGGAGCCCCAUGACUUGAGCGCAAAUCAUUUAAUAACGCUGGACUCUAUGGGCUUACCAGUGGCAUGGAAGGCCAGCUCUCAUUUAGCCAUAGUACUCAAAACAAACAUAGAGAACCUGAGUUCAGCCGGAUUUCACUUUGUUGGUAGUGAUGAGUUUCUAAUUGAUCACAAGCUGCCAGUAGUAAGGAUACAGACUGUAAAGCUUACAGGGGAACCAAAUAAAGCUACUGAUCCCUCAAUGAGAAGUCUCAGAAGCGAUAUUCAACAUGGUUUAAAAAAUCCACCCGGGGAAUUCCAUUGGCCUGUGCAUGCAGCCCUGCUCAGAAAACUGUCCAAAGUAGUUGAUGUUAAGUCUGAAUGUAAUAGUGCCGUUAUAGAAAUGAAUGGUGGCAGCAGUAACAUGGUUGACACCACAACAAUCAGUAAAAAGACUGUGUCUCUAGCAGAUGUGAGUGUCAACACAACAAAGUCCCUCACAGAGGAAGACGAAAAUGACACUUUAGCGGCUGAACCACAUAAGACUCCAAAUAAAUCUCCGGAACGUAAAGCAAAGCCGCAAGAAGAGAUUGUUGUUGAAAAUGUAACAGUUGAAAUUCAGCACAAUAUAACACCUAAAAAAUCUAGUCUCAAAUUAGAUCUCAAGAAAGGUACAAGUUGCCUGUCAGCUUCAUUACUCAACAUAUCGAGCCAAAUCAAGUCUGUCACCACACAUAAAAGGAUAGUGAGCUCGUCUGGGCCUAAGAAAUCGCAGCCCCAAAUAGAGAGCUGUCCAGUGAAGGAAGAUUUAAAGGGCUCUCCGUCUCAUGGCACACCAAAGUCUGCCAAAACUUCCCGUCCAUUAGUCAAUACUAAAUCACCAAACAUAUUGAUAUAUUCAGAUAGUAUAGCUGCUAGAGAUAAUUUAGAAGCUUCUCUUAGAAAAGUCUUGGAUGCAGAUAGGUACACGAUAUACUCUGUGACGCGAGACGCGCUGGAGACGGGCGCGUGGCGCGGGCGCUGCGCGCUGGUGGCGGUGGCGGGCUGCGUCGGCCGCGCGGCGCCGCUGCUACUAGCGCACCUGCUGGACGGCGGCCGGCUGCUGGCGCUGUGCUCGGACCUGUUGCAUGCCGUGCUGCCCUACUACAAGACUGCCGAGGUUCGGGAGAACGAAGUAGUACAAUUCACAUUUGACAAGUGGAAGUCCGUCAAGAUGAAGCACCACAUAUUCUGCUACCAGGCCUCGCCAGCAAAGAAACAGUUUUCCACGGAAAGCGACAGGCAACCGUCCAAGUACACGGGGCACCCGGGCCAUGAGCUGGACAUCCAGGUGCUGGCGUCCGAGGAGACGUGGCGCACGCCGUCGCUGCUGCAGGCCACCGACCUCACCAACAGCGGCGUCGCCAUAUUCUCACAGGUACAGUACUUCAUGUUGUACACCGUCCAGUACACGGGGCACCCGGGCCAUGAGCUGGACAUCCAGGUGCUGGCGUCCGAGGAGACGUGGCGCACGCCGUCGCUGCUGCAGGCCACCGACCUCACCAACAGCGGCGUCGCCAUAUUCUCACAGGUACAGUACUUCAUGUUGUACACCGUCCAGUACACGGGGCACCCGGGCCAUGAGCUGGACAUCCAGGUGCUGGCGUCCGAGGAGACGUGGCGCACGCCGUCGCUGCUGCAGGCCACCGACCUCACCAACAGCGGCGUCGCCAUAUUCUCACAGGUACAGUACUUCAUGUUGUACACCGUCCAGUACACGGGGCACCCGGGCCAUGAGCUGGACAUCCAGGUGCUGGCGUCCGAGGAGACGUGGCGCACGCCGUCGCUGCUGCAGGCCACCGACCUCACCAACAGCGGCGUCGCCAUAUUCUCACAGGUACAGUACUUCAUGUUGUACACCGUCCAGUACACGGGGCACCCGGGCCAUGAGCUGGACAUCCAGGUGCUGGCGUCCGAGGAGACGUGGCGCACGCCGUCGCUGCUGCAGGCCACCGACCUCACCAACAGCGGCGUCGCCAUAUUCUCACAGGUACAGUACUUCAUGUUGUACACCGUCCAGUACACGGGGCACCCGGGCCAUGAGCUGGACAUCCAGGUGCUGGCGUCCGAGGAGACGUGGCGCACGCCGUCGCUGCUGCAGGCCACCGACCUCACCAACAGCGGCGUCGCCAUAUUCUCACAGGUACAGUACUUCAUGUUGUACACCGUCCAGUACACGGGGCACCCGGGCCAUGAGCUGGACAUCCAGGUGCUGGCGUCCGAGGAGACGUGGCGCACGCCGUCGCUGCUGCAGGCCACCGACCUCACCAACAGCGGCGUCGCCAUAUUCUCACAGAUACACCUGGAAGCCGACCCCUGCGACUACCUUGCCGACGAAGGCGUGAAGAGCAACGAGGCGCGCCUGGAGAUCAUCCACAAGAUCCUCGGCGACAUCCUCGACCUCCACGUGCGGGACCCGCGCGACAUCACGCAGCCGGAGUACAGCAGGGGGUUCUUCCUCGGGAACCACGUGCAAAAGCUGGCGCUGGUGGAGGGCUGGUGCCCGGGCAGCGCGCAGCGGGUGCAGGCGCUGCCCGCGCUGGCGCUGCAGUGGUGCCUGCGCGGCGACCACGAGGCGCGCGCGCCCGCCGCAGGGUUCCUGCCCGUGCACGUCUACGAGUGCCCCGACCACUUCUCCACCGUUGAAUACUUCGACAACCUAACAUCGAAAGAGUUGGGGCGGCUCGUGAUCUACGCGGACGCGCUAACAACCACCAACGCCGUGACAGGCGGGCCGCCGCUAGCGCACGGCGUGGCGGCCGUGGCGCGCCGGCAGACGGCUGCGCGCGGCCGCGGCGACAACGCCUGGAUCACUGUGCCCGGACAAGCUUGUAUCUCGCUACAGGUAUGGCGCAAGAUUUCGCCGACGCUCCCGCUGGUGCAGCACGCGGCCGCGCUGGCCGCCGUGCGCGCCGUCCGCGCGCUGCCCGCCUACGAGCACCUCGACAUACGAAUAAAAUGGCCGAACGACAUCUACUACGGGCGCGAGGUGAAGGUCGGCGGCACCACCACCACCGCCAAUGUCACUGGCGACAACGUUGUCUGUAACAUUGGCACCGGCGUAAACAUCUCCAACAUAGUUCCAACCACAUGCGUGAACCAAAUAAUCGAGCAACACAACAAGCAACACGGCACCACGCUAGCACCAAUGACGAUCGAGAAAUUCCUGGCGCGGUACUGCUCGCAGUUAGAAAGGAUACUGGAAUAUAUCGACUCGGACGGCGGCGUGGAUGCCUUUCGCGAGCAGUACUACCAGUACUGGCUGCACGACAACGAGAAGAUUCAAGUCCGUCGCGAAGGCGACUCGGCCCCGGUGGCGGGCACGGUGGUGGGCGUGGACGAGGCGGGCUGGCUGCGCGUGCUGACGGCCGCCGGCCACGUCACCGUGGCGCCCGACGGCAACACCUUCGACCUCAUGACCGGCCUCGUGGCCCCAAGGCUGUGAGCUAUAUCAUGACCUAAUAGUAGAUGGACUAUUAAAAACUACCGUAUUUCGUAGAAGAAAGGUGUUCGUUCAGUACGCCUUGCUAAGCAUAGGAUUGUACUCUGGGAGUGUGGCGAGGAAUUCAUAUGCCGCCCCGAUGUAUAAAGAAUUUUAGGCGUGUAGUGCUCUUUCACUUUUCAUAUUUUAACAAAUAUAUAAUGUCAAGUGAAACUAAUAAUGUUUAACACCUGACAGCUGAACAUAAUAAUGUCCUCCCGGUUCUGCGCGUAAAAGUAACUUGAAAUAUAAAGAAAUAAGUGGGAACAAAAGUUGAUUAUGCUCCCUUUCGAAUAAGUAUGAGGAGUGAAAGCCACAAAGUGAAUGGUGAGUGGUGAGAAGCGAGGAAUUGUUAAUAAGGAUCUAGAAGCCUGAAGCAAAGGGUAGUAGGAAUGAUUCAACACUAGCGCACAGCACGUGUUCCAUUGGUUGUGGUCGGUGGUAGAAUCGUAAGUUUAUUACAGAAGCUAUACUAUUUAGUGCCCUAAAUAAUAAAAUGCUCGAUUGUAAUUGAACGAGCAUAAUAAUCGUGUAAGUAGUAUGACUAGAUGGAACAGCCGUAACACUGCCAGUUCUACUAUUUCUAAUAUCGUCUAGGUAAAUUAAAUAUUGGAGUCCUGUUGUAUUUUAGAAUUUCGACUUGUUCUUGUACUAUCAUCGUUGAAAUAACUUUAAAAGUAAAAUUAUGGGAUUAUAAAGAAUGCCAGACGGUCAAUUAAUAUAAGUUUGAUGGAGGCGUAAUCUCAGUGCAAUAGAAUGUAUAUAUCGAUAUAAAUGUGUAUUUAAGUCAAUCCAGUGUUCAAACAACAAUGCACGAUCUGUAUUGAAGAGUGUGACGUUAGUAAAAUAUGUUAAUUUAUUAAAUGACAGUGUUAAAUAUAAGUGUUUACAUAUUGAAUAAAGGGAUUAUUCAUUGUUUUAUAAUUAAAAUAAAACGAAUAAGUAAUGAUGUUGAUGCGUGAGGGUAAAUCAGUGUAAACGUUUGCCGUUCGUGUUUUGUAAAGUCACACUCUAACUCUACUAGUCAACUUUAUAAUUUGCUAGGUCGAAAGUGCUUUUUAUGGGAAAAUGGCAAUAUUCGUAGUUGUGAUCAUUUCGCGUUCCACUAAUCUGAAGUUCAUAUAGGUUAUGGAACCACCGGUGCCGCAGGGAGGUUGAGUUUAGUUCAAAACUCAACACCAUUAGUAACUUUACAAAGUAAAGCCGGCAUCACUAACCUUUUAGGUAUGCAUUGCGUUAGUCAGGCGUUGUAGUGACAGUCGUGUAACGUAAUCUAGACCUGAGUCUCCUCAGCGAGACUCGUUUUUACCUUUAAAAUUUAUGUAAUAAUAUACGUGGCUCCUGCGUUAUCGCUACUGGGGCUAACACUGUAGGUUGGGCUUUACACUGUUAUUUUGGGGACGGUGAUUUAAUAUAGUAUCCGAGAUAGACAAAUUUUAAAUCUCAGGACCACUUUACUCACGCCUAGCUACGCUACUACAAUUAUAUCCUAUGUAACGACAACGCACUUGAGUAUGUUGUCCAUCAGUGUUAGUUACUAAAUGUAACACCAAGUACAUUGUGAUUUAUUUAUUGAGUAGCAAAUAAGUAGCAUAGUUAUAGCUAUAGAUACUUGACUACGUACCUACAUAAUCUCUACUCAUAACAUUUCGAUUGUUGUUGACAUGACGUUGUUCUCCAGUAAAUGUAAGUUAACGAGUAAUUACAAAAUACAAAGUUAGGUGUAAAUUAAGAGACAUCGUCGCUUUUUUUAAUUUAUUCAUUCAUCAAAUGGAGAAAUGUGCCUAAACUGUUAAUUAAAUACUUCGCAUACCCAUAUUUUUACCGUUAUAUAUUUGAAUAUAUGUAUUGAGACUUUUAAACAUUAUUUCGAAAUAUUCGCUGUUUAAGUAUAAAAAUAGUUUAUUGACCAAAUUAAAUAAAUUUUAUGCAAAUGUGUUCCCAGUUUAUAUCUGCUUUAUAGUAAGUCAGGACAACGGUCCAGAGUCACUUUUCGAGAUAAUUUGAAUAAAUUAAUUGGAUUUCUCAAAGUAAUUAUUCUCAAGUUGUUAAAUCACAAUGUCUCACACAUUAGUCAUCUCGCUGUCGUAGUGUGCUGUUUAGUUAUUUAUGUGUUAUUUAUUGAUGGGAAUUUAAAAUGUUACUAAAUUUAAAUCUUGUUAUUAUCUUGUUGUAUGCAUGUCCUGUAAUAAAUUAUUUCAGAUUAAA